AAAAUCUCCCGUCACCGCCCGUAAUCAAGUUUUGGACUAAUCUCACAGGCCAAUCAAACACCUCCACGUGUGCUCCUCAUACAGCUGUCUUCUUUGUUCAUAUCCAAAAUUCUUGUCCUAUAAAUAACUCACACCAUUACUUUCCCCCCUAAACUCGAAACCAAACACUCACAAAGCUCCAAAUUCCAAAAGUCUAUUUCCUUGUUCCAACUUUGCCCUCACUCAUGGCUUCUAUUUUCCAUCUUGCCCUUCUCUGUUUCACUCUGUUUUUUCUCUCUGUCGCUGCCGACCGUGGUCUUGGUCGGAAACUCGCGGCGCUGGUAGAGCAACAGCCACUGGUACUUGAAUACCACAAGGGGGCUCUUUUGAAAGGGGAUAUCACCGUCAAUUUGAUCUGGUACGGCCAAUUUACACCCUCGCAGCGCUCUGUAAUUAUCGAUUUCAUUCAAUCUUUGAGCUAUUCUCAAGCGCCGGCGCCAUCGGCGGAUCUCUGGUGGAAGACGACGGAGAAAUACAAGGGUGGGUCGUCGAAUCUCGUCGUCGGGAAGCAGAUUCUUGAUGAGGAUUACACUUUGGGGAAGUAUUUGAAGGACCUGCAUCUUCGGGCAUUGGUGGGGAAGGUGAAUCAGUUGAAUUCGGUGAACGUGGUGCUAACGGCGAAGGAUGUUGCCGUUGAUGGGUUCUGCCGGAGUCGGUGUGGCACGCAUGGAUGGGUUCAUGUGGGUCGGAGCAGGGCCCGAACCGCUUACGUGUGGGUCGGAAACUCAGAAACUCAGUGCCCUGGGUACUGUGCUUGGCCGUUUCAUCAGCCCAUUUAUGGCCCUCAGACGCCGCCGUUGAUCGCCCCGAACGGUGACGUUGGUAUCGACGGGAUAAUCAUCAAUUUGGCCACCGUCCUAGCCGGUACUGUGACAAAUCCUUUCAACGAUGGUUACUUCCAGGGCCCGCCGACGGCGCCGCUGGAGGCAGUAUCGGCCUGCACUGGUCUGUUCGGGUCCGGAGCGUACCCGGGUUAUCCGGGUCAGGUUCUGGUCGACAAGGUCACAGGAGCUAGUUUCAAUGCCUACGGUGCUAAUGGACGGAGGUUUCUUCUUCCAGCGAUGUGGGACCCUCAGUCGUCUACGUGCAAGACUCUGGUGUGACGUGGCUGAUGGAGGAUACGUGGCCAGAGUGUACAAAAAUGUAAUCCAGGAAAAUGGGUUUGCUUGCCGUAUGGUUGGGGAGACGGAUAAAACGUUGUCGUUUCGGGCGCUGACGUGUAAAUUUCUGUUUGGAAAAUGGAGGGGGGAAAAAUGGGAGGAAGGAAAUAAAUACAUAAUGUAGGCUUUAUUUAAAUGAAAAGGAGAAAAAAAAAAUUAAAUAAAGAGAAAGAAGCUAUAAUCAUUAGGUUGCAUUUUGUAUUUGUUGUUUUCCCAAAUGUGGAGGAUUUGGGGGUGUUUGGUAAUGGGAAUAAGUAAUGAUGGGA